AUAGUGGAAUAAUUUUAUAUUACAAGCCACAAGGGGCUUUAUGUAAUGAUUUUCCUUGUUUAAAAAAUGAAGAUUUUCUGUUAAUUGUUAUGCAUCCUGGUCAACUGGAAGUGUUAGACAAAUACUCAGAAGAUGUAAUUUGUAUCGACGGAACACAUGGACUUAAUGCUCAUGAUUUUGAACUUACUACAUUGUUAAUAUUGGAUGAUAUGAGGGAGGGAUUUCCUUGUUGGUUUAUGAUUGGAAAUCGGUCUGAUGAGGAAAUAAUGACUAUUUUUUUCAUGAAGAUAAAAGAAAAUUUAGGAAGAGUAAUCAAACCCAUGGUUUUCAUGUCAGACAUGGCCCAAUAUUACUAUAAUGCAUGGCUCCAAAUUAUGACUCCAGCUAAAUUCAGGCUAUUCUGUUCCUGGCACGUAGAUAAAGCGUGGCGGAAAAAUCUAAAUAAAAUUGAUGGUCAAGAGCAAAAGGUUAUCGUAUACAAACAGCUACGUACCUUAUUACAAGAGACCGAUGUUACUUCAUUUAGGGAUAUGAUACAAAAUUUUCAAAUUUCUCUUCUAUCUUCUGGUAACACCCAAGAAUUUGGUCAAUAUUUUCAAAAAUGUUAUCUGCACAAUAUGGAAUCCUGGGCAUACUGUUAUCGCUUGCAUGCAGGAAUAAAUACAAAUAUGAGCAUAGAACGAAUGCAUCAAACGAUUAAAUAUUUGUAUUUAAAUGGAAGACAAGUACGAAGGCUGGAUAAAACUAUCAAUAUCUUGAUUAAAUUAAUUAAAGACAAAUUGUUUGAACGGCUUAUUACGUUGAAUAAAGGUAAAAUAUCCAGCAAAUUACGAGAGUUACGGAAAAGGCACAAAACAAGUCUUAAUUUAGAUAUGGACACCAUUGUCAUAUCUGAAAUGGGCUGGGAGAUACCAUCAAGUUCAACCAAUGAUAUCUAUUUAGUUCAGAAAAACAAACCCAGUUGUGACCGCCGAUUAGUCUGUGAUUUGUGCCAAUCCUGUCUACAUUCAUAUUCCUGUACAUGCUUGGAUAACAGUAUAAGAUGGAAUAUGUGCAAACACAUACAUCUUGUGUGUCAAUUUAUGAAAGGCCAUCAAAUUCAAGAUACUAAUGCAGAUGAAGAACAUAUAAUAAAUACAGAUGAGGUAAAAAUUAAACAAGCUACAGAGCAAGCUAAAUUUAUGGAAUUUGUGAGUAAGUCUUGUAAUAUCAAUCAAGAAAAAACGUCCAAACAACUGGAAGUUGAAAAACAGAAAUUGAUAGAAAUACAAACCCAAAUAAUUCAAAAUAUAACAACUUUUGAACAACUUGAGGCAUUUAAAAGUAUUACAGCACCCUUGGUGCCUACAUUAAGGACAUUAGCAGAACAUUCUGGAAAUGAACUUAAUAUUGUGGCACUAUCUCAUGGAACACAAAACAUUCCACACAAUAAAAAAGUAGUUGCUCAAAAACGUUUAUUUUCCACCAAGAAAAAAACUACAAAGUCAAAAAAAAAGCUGUUAUCAAAACCUGAUGCUGAAGAAACAAAUUUGAUAGCAAAUCAAUUAAUGCUACAAGUAAAUAAUGUGCUCUUUAAUUAG